UAGAUGAUGGGUGAUGGGUAACUUCAUAAUCCACAUGCGACGUAGCACUAAGCUUACCAGUUACCCAACUCCCGGCGUCAUUGAUAAUACCUACGCCCCUGGUUGUCGUACAAUUACACAGUUUGGAUUGCCAUGCCUCAAAAUGGCCACCACGCUGCCGCCACUCGCCUAUCUAUGCCAAAGGUGUAGCGUUCUAGAAUUCCACGACUCGGAUUUAUUGAGAGCGUUCGAGGAGCAUCCCAGCUUCUUUCGUCUUAAACUGGAUUAUUUUCUCCUAGAUUCGCUACCUGAUUUAUCGUGCCUCGCCGAGUCCGCCUAUGACGGCUGUGACUUCUGCUCGAUACUGAAAAAUGCCAUCCAGAGAUAUGCGCAAGACUGCUUCGAUCAGGUAUUGGUGUCCAUUUUUUACCAGUGGCACAGGCCUGAUGAAGGUAGACUGGUGAUGAGGCUUCAGUCUUUAGUCGCUGAGUUGUUAUGGAUUGGACAUGAUGAGGGGGGUGAUCAUUCGAGCGUUUCGACGUGGCUACGUUUUGAUAUUGACUCUCCUCCUAGCCCUUGUGCUCAAUGGCUGGGACUUCAGUCACCCCCCUGGGAUAAAGCUUUAUGCACUGAUAAUCUUAAAAUGAUUUUCAAUAGAUUCAAACGCAGCAACCCUAUACGGUCAUUACUGAAUGGAGCGAUGUAUCCAACCCGUUUAAUUGAUGUUGGGGUAAAGGGAACAGACUCAUGUCGACUUGUCGAGACAAAAUCAGACCCCAUAUUCAUGCAAUCAUCUGAUAUCCAAUAUGCAACUCUAAGCUAUUGCUGGGGGUCCCCGGAACAGUCUUCUCGGCAGUUCAAGACGGAAACAAGGUCAUUGCAAGAAAGAAUAGGCGGGUUUAGCUUUGACCAAGCUUCCCCGAUCCUGCAAGACGCUAUUCGAGUUACGCAGACUCUGGGAAUACGGUAUCUUUGGGUGGAUGCGGUCUGUAUUAUCCAAGACGAUAAACAGGAUUGGUAUAGGGAAUCUUCGCAGAUUUCCCUAAUAUUCCAGAAUGCCACCUUGACAAUUUGUACUCCCGCUUCGACGUCUUGCCAGGAAGGAUUCCUUAGUAGGGACUGGACAAUGACGAGAAUAAAAUUCCAGUCUAGAGUAAACGAGGCUGUAUCCGGAUCCUACACUAUCCGGCUCGUCGGCGAGAUGAACGAUUACUUUCAUGCGACUGCUGAUGGACUAUCUCUCGCCCUAACUUACAGUCAUUGGGCUAUGAGAGGGUGGAUACUUCAGGAAUAUGAGUUAUCACAGCGAGCACUCAUCUUUACCAAGACCAAGUUACAUGCUAUUACGGAACAUGGCAUUCAAUCAGAAGCAAGCGAGACUGUAGAUAUGUCAGAAUGCACCCGUGGAAUUAGUUUUCUCUCAGGCAACCGCAACGAAUUGAACAAAUACCUGAGCUUCUUAUUCUUAGUCGAGAAUUAUUCAACAAUGAAGCUUACCCAUCGUUCCGACAAGUUUCCCGCGAUAUCGGGACUUGCUAGUCGAUUAUUCAGUGGAGGUGCAUAUUACGCAGGACAUGUGCUCCCCCAUAUCGACUUGUUUUGGACAUCUGUACUUCGUCAACCUGCUGCUCUUAUCUCAAGAGAAGCGCUGGUUGAGAACCUGAAGUCCCAGAACCCUUAUGUUGCGCCAUCUUGGAGCUGGGCUAGCCGAAACCACCCAGUGAGGUUUGGUGAUGGGCAGCUUAGAAUAGCUUCGCAGGAGUCAGAUUUUCUCGAUGUUCGAGCAGAAUGUUGUGUCGUCCAUGCGAAAACAUCAAUCAUGGGCGUGGAUUUAUUCGGCAACAUAGAAACCGGAGACCUCGCUCUUCACGGGACUGUCGUGCCUCUCAUAGCUCAUGUACAGCUACUCGUAGGUAUAGAUGGGAACAGCAAAUUAUGCCGACUAGUCGAAGAUGGAGAGUACAUUGCCGAGCUCAGCUUCGAUUGGAAUGAUAUUAAUGGCGGGGAGACUUUUGAAGACUUAUCUUUAGUGCUGAUUGGAAGUCGCAACAUCGAAGGUCUCUCUUGGGAACCAAUUAAACUCAUAUACGAGCAUGAACUGGUCGACGAGCCGGAAGAGAAGCUGGGUGAAGAUAUAGAUACUACCAUGGCAACGCUUACUGCCACGGCCACGCUUACUACCAUGGCCACGUUCGUCGUUAGGGGACGCCCCAAUGCUGCGAAUCUGCGUAGAGAGCGAAUCAUUCACAGAGCUCAUUAUCAUCGUGACCGUAGUGAUGAUAAAAGAGGGAUGAUGCAAGACCGGUCAAUCUGCGAUCGACGUCAAGAUCAUACCGCAGGUAAUAUGGAUGGUAAAAUUGUUGGCGCGGAAAUGGAAUAUCAGCGACAUGUGUCAGAGGUUUAUCAUGGACAUAGGAAACUGUCACAGCCCAGCGAUGACAGUGAAAGGUACGCCUACGGUAUUAUCGUCCAACCUGCUCCUCAGCCAGGGAAGUAUUUUCGCGUUGGCGUAUUUCUAUCCGUGCCUCGGGAACGCGGCGGCUUGAAAUACUUUCGGGGCAGGCCAAUGGGGACGGUGGAGAUUAUCUAACCGGUAGAUUUACUUUUUACCCUGAAUUGAGAUAUAUUUUGAGAAUAGUUCAUGUAAAUCUCAUUUUUGU